AUGGGAAGCUCAGAAUCUGUACCGAGAGAGAGGCGGCAACAGAGGUCGUCGAGGCUGGACCUUUUGGCCUUGCAGGAAAAGUACGAUGCCUUUCGCAUCACCGAGGACCGCGAGACCGACAGUAUGAUUGUCGAGAGAAACACUGGAUACAAUGACAGAGAUCAACUUCGCCCAACACGCCAAACCCACGUCUCGGGCGCCAAAACCGAAGCGUUGAUCCACACCAUCCUCCAAGAUCCAAAGAACCGUCUCGCUCUGUCGGCGCUGUCAACAGCAAACCCGGCCCAGGUGCUCGAGAAGUCGUCAGCCAUCCUCAAAGACACACAGACCUUCAACGUCGCUAUCCCCUUCGAGGGCUCUCCCGUCACCAACCAGCGCAGCUCGGGCAGAUGUUGGAUCUUCGCUGCCACCAACGUGUUCCGCGUCGCCAUCAUGAAAAAGUACAACAUUGAAAAGUUUGAGCUGAGCCAGGCGUACCUGUUUUUCUGGGACAAGGUCGAGAAGAGCAAUUUCUUCCUCGAGAGCAUCUUGGAGACGGCUGAUUUGCCUGUCGAUGAUCGUCUGGUUGCGACGCUGAUGGAUUCGCCUGUCAGUGAUGGUGGUCAAUGGUCGAUGAUCCAGAACUUGGUUGAAAAGUAUGGGUUGGUGCCACAGACGCUGUACCCAGACUCAUUCAAUGCUAAGCACUCGGCUGUAAUGGAUCGUCUUCUGACGACCAAGCUGAGAGAGGAUGCACUGCGUCUGAGAGCGCUCAAGAACUCUAGCUCCAGCACUGCAGAGACUUCUGUCGCAGCAGCCAAAGAGCAGAUGAUGCAGGACAUCGUCAGGAUUCUGACACUUACACUGGGUCGCCCUCCGUCGUCGUACACCAAGUUCACCUGGGAGUUUUACGACAAGGCAGACAAGCUGAAGACAGUCAAGAUGUCUCCAAAGGAGUUUGCUGGCAGCUUGAACGACACUCACGGACUGCGAGCCCUGGACGGGACUGAUGUCCACAGCUUAUUCAGUCUGGUCAAUGACCCUCGUAAUGAGUUCAACAGACUGCUGACCGUCGACUUCCUUACCAACGUCUCGGGUGGUAGAUACGUUACCUACGUAAACGUCGACAAGCCAAUUUGGAAGAAGGGUGCCAUUGAGAUGCUCAAGAAAGGCUGGCCAGUGUUCUUCGGAUCAGACGUGGGCAAAUUCAGCGACUCCACGUUGGGAAUCAUGGAUCCGGAUCUGGUCGACUAUGAGCUCGGCUUCAAUGUCAAGUUGGGCAUGUCCAAGGCAGAGAGACUCUCAUCUGGUGAGAGUGCAAUGACCCAUGCGAUGGUGUUGACCGCGGUACACCUGUCACCUUCCGCGGAACCUAUCCGCUGGCGUGUCGAGAACUCUUGGAGCAAGGACGCUGGGACUGAUGGUUACUUCGUCAUGUCUGACAAGGUAUUGCCUUAUAGUNGGAUGGACGAAUUCUGUUACCAAGUUGUCGUGGACCCCAGCUGUGUUAGCCAAGAGGUUAGGGAUAUACUCAAGCAGGAUCCAAAGGUGUUGGACUUGUGGGAUCCCAUGGGUGUCCUGGCAUAG